AGGUUUGGAAACAGCUGGGUCGACAACCUUGUACAAAAUAAUAGUAGGUAUCAGUUGGUCCUUCUGCAGCAUAACAUCGUCUCCAUUUUCCACUAGGUGGCGACGCGAGACAACACCGGAAAUGUCCGACUGGUAUAUCAGUUCCUUUAAGGAUGUCGAAGUUUUGUAGUUCCUGGGUUGUUGACCUGUCAGCGUUGUAGUUCAAGCUGUCACUGCUGUUACUUUUUCUGUUCUUCUCAUAGUUGUGUUUUCCGCCAAUAAUACAACGAGCCCCGGUGCCUCGGACUCACAGGGUUCGUUUGUGACGGAUUUACCGUGGUAGCUUGUUACCGUUAGCCAGUGAGUGAGCUAACGGCUAAAGUUAGCCAACUAGCCAACUAGCUUUGCAGCUAGCUUGCUAUCUAGCAUCCGACAGUAGCAGUGUUAGCUAGCUUUCUACUGUUAGCUCGCAGUGCGACGUUAGGAAGCCGCCCACUCCUGCAAAGCAGCAUUCCGGACACAAGAGUGAACAAUGGAGGCCCAAAGCUCCAGUGGGCUGCUGCUGUCCAGAAAAAGGAGAAGAGAGAGCUUCAAUCGCGAGACCGAGGAGGGAGAGAAGCUUGGGAAAAUCCCCAGAUGUACUGUGGGAUUGAAGCACCCUGCACCUUUCGCAGACGAGCUGGUGCCAGCUGAUGGUAAACCCUAUGAGAGAGUUAGCAUGGAGGAGGCCAAGAGGGGAACACUGCCUGAGAGACCGGUGCGGGUGUAUGCAGACGGCAUCUUUGAUGUUUUCCACUCUGGUCACGCCAGAGCCCUCAUGCAGGCUAAAUGCCUCUUCCCAAAUACACACCUCAUCGUAGGAGUGUGCAGUGAUGACCUGACCCACAAAUACAAGGGCUUCACAGUGAUGAAUGAGGAUGAGCGAUACGAUGCCAUCAUACAUUGCCGCUAUGUUGAUGAAGUGGUGCGAAACGCUCCCUGGACGUUAUCGCCAGAGUUCCUCACAAAACAUCGCAUUGACUUUGUGGCCCAUGACGACAUCCCAUACUCCUCAGCAGGCAGUGAUGACGUGUACAGGCACAUCAAGGAAGCUGGUAUGUUCGCUCCCACCCAGCGGACAGAGGGCAUCUCCACCUCUGACAUCAUCACACGCAUAGUCCGUGACUAUGAUGUAUACGUCAGACGCAACCUGCAGAGAGGAUACACAGCGAAGGAACUCAACGUCAGCUUCAUUAAUGAGAAGAAGUACCACCUGCAGGAGCGCGUGGACAAGGUGAAGAGGAAGGUGCGUGACGUGGAGGAGAAGAGCAAAGAGUUUGUCCAGAAGGUAGAGGAGAAGAGCAUCGACCUCAUCCAGAAAUGGGAGGAGAAAUCCAGGGAGUUCAUUGGCAACUUCCUGCAGAUGUUUGGCCCUGAGGGAGCUCUGAAGCACAUGCUGAAGGAAGGGAAGGGCCGCAUGCUUCAGGCCAUCAGCCCAAGGCAGAGCCCCAACAGCAGCCCCACCCGUGAGGAGCGAUCCCCUUCUCCCACCUUCCGUCUCCCCUUCUUCACCAAGACCUCCCCGCCUCCCUCGCCUCCACCCCACCACAGCGGGGCCCGCGGAUACCUCAUCAGCGAGGACGACGACGAAGACGAUGAAAACUAGAGCACUUUGCAAUCCUUCCCCGCCGUUGAGCCACAGUCAGAGUCACUCGAUAACUGAGCUGUCGAGUAAUGUGUUCAUCGAGCUCCUGCUUACAUUGUUUUGUUAGUUUAAGAUUUUACUUUUUUUUAACUCUUCAGUGUCACGUUAACUUCAACAGGCGGUUUCUGCACGGCAUUUGUUUUUAACUGCCAACUUUGUCCUCUUUGUUUUGUUUUAUUGGUCAGUAAAAGUUACCACUAUUCAUCCGA